GGACGGUCCAACCGGAAUCAAUUUAUAGCCUCAACCUGAAGGGCUCCUCUUCAUUUUCGGUUCGGCCUUCUCUCUCGCGCCCCGCCCCACCUUCCUUCCUGCGCGGUCGUAAAGGUCUCCUCCAGUCUCCAGGAUGACAGAACCACCUUUUGUGCCUAGGGAGAGGCUCAAGAAGCAUCAGCAAUACUUCCAGAACAUUCACAAACAUACUCACCUGAAAGGCCGUUAUGAUAAGAUAACCUCUGUUGUUAUCCCCCUUGCCUUUGCAGCCUCUACCACAUUUCUCAUUGCACGGGGCAUCUACAACAUGUCUCAAGGGAUAGGGAAGAAGGAAUGAGCUCUUCUCCUUGUUGCUUCCUGUCAAUAGAUCCAGUGUCUGACAUGGGGCAAAGGUUGUUUUUAGUUAUUUGUCUCUGGUAAUGGUAAUCACAAAGUGCACCUUUGUUUGGACAUGUUUACUUCUAUUUUUCCAUCAAAACUCAGGGACUGAGUGCUUUGAAUAAGAUUUAUGUUGGUGGGUUAUCCUGCUGCUUUACAAACUUAAUUCUGUCAAUCGCAGUGGUCUGAAAUUUAUGUUGGGCCUUUUUCUUU